AUGGAGCCUAUGCUUAGUCCAGAUGUAGCAGCCCUUGAGGUACAGAAGAAAAAAGGAGGUCGCCCACCAAGCAAGAACCCACCUCAAGAAACAUUGAAGAGGAGGAAAAGAAAGGAGAAACAACAAGCAAGGGAAGACGCAAAUGCACCAAGUGUUGCAAAGAUCCUUCAAACUGAAGCCACCACCCAUUCUGCGCAGGUUGCAUUGCUCCAGAGGGAUACUACUGGGUUAACUGCUGAGAAUAAGGAGCUCAAAAUGCAGUUACAGGCUAUGGAGCAACAAGCGCAACUCAGAGAGGGUAUGGUUCUAUUACACCAGGGGAAGCAUUUGGGAGCCUUGUGA